CAACAGGAAAAAUUCCAGGAAAUAUGCACCAGGAGACUGGGAACAGGUUUUGAGAUCACAUGCUUGUCAUGGCAUUCAACUUCCUCUGAAGGCAACCUGCGAAUUGUAGUUGGAACUAGAGACAAAAUGGUUCAGGUUCUGACGCUCAACACAAGCUCACAGCUCCAGUCCGUCUUUGCAGUGCGACUUGAAAAUACGGUGCCCAAGUCAGUAGCGUUUGCAGAUAACCGGAGCAUCUAUGUGUUCGGGCUCUAUGAUGGCAACUUGUCAGAACUACCAGCUCUUGACCUGGGCGCGUUACUGACAUUAUAUAGUGGUCAUGCUGUGGUGUACUCAAAGUGGGGAAUUUUCAUUGUAGAUAAUGCAACAGACGGCUUUACAUUAUAUCGCCUUGAAGGUGAUGGUGAGCUUGUUCGAACAUUUGCAACUGGUUUGCCAAGUGUGUCUGUCCCGAAGCAAGUGGCAUUUGGGGAAGAAGGCAAGGUAGUUGUGGGAGGAAGUGACCAUGGGCUAGUAUACAUAUUUGAUCGGAAGACGGGGCAGAUACUUGAAACCCUCCACCACGCGGACACUGGCCUUGUGCAAACAAUAUCCAUAAGUAUUAAGACUAGUUGGAAAGAAUGUCACUAA